AUUUUUCAAAAUUUUUAUGUAAAAGCUGAUUUUUUGUGUGCAAGAAACCAAAAAUUCAAAAUGUGAUAAAACUCCAUUGUAAAAUUAUGAGUACGGAUAUAGAAAACACAAUAAAAGAACUGGAAAAUGAAAUUCAUGAUCUAGUAAUAAUUGGGGAGGGGGGAACCCCCCAACAAGUCAGAUUUACGGGCUGCAAUGACUCAAAAAAAUGCAAACGUCCGAAAAGUUCUUCCUCAGUGAAUUCUGGAAUCAAUAUAAACAAAGCAACCCUCACAAUAAAUUUAUCCGAUCACAAAACCAAAUAUAUAACCAAAAAUGCAUCGACUUCCAAGCCCAGGAUAAAUUUUAGAUCGUUUUCAAGGGAUCCACCUAAGGCAUUAGGUAAUGGGAUGAUUGAAAAAAGCAGAAGUUGCCCCUGUUCAGGAACUAGAAGUUUCACACAUGGAAUAUUUAGUGGCACUGUUAACAACAAGACUUCCAGAAAAAAUCAAAGUGUCUACAUGUCUAAUAAAUCUUCUUUUGUGGAUACUCCAAAAAAGAAAUUCCAAGCUUCAACUUCGAGACCAAAAUUAAGAUCCCAUACAACCCGCGUAACAUCCAAAAAUGAGAGCGAUAGAUCACUUAAUUUUCCAAAAUUUAUUCCACCACCAAAUUUAAUGGUGGACAGCCAAGAUGAACUAGACAAACUAAAACACGAAAUACUUAAGGUUAAAUCGCAGUUAACUCUGAUCAAAAAUUCUAACACUCUAAUGGCCAGAAAAACCAUAGAAGACCUCACGAACGAUAUGCUGAAACUCAGAAACGAAAACGCAGAAUUAAAAGGCACAAUCUCAUCCAAACAAGUGGAAUACAACACGGUAGUAAAGGACCUAAAGAAGGUCAAGGAUAUGUUGAGUAUAUACGAAGAAAAGGUGGGGUUACUGCACGAGAAAGCCUUAGUAUCCUCAAAGGUAAUGACGGAAAGCAAGGAUAAAUUUUGUAAGUGCCUUCAAGAAAGAGAAAAACGCAUCAAAAAACUAUCUGAAUCCAUGAAGGUCCUCAAAAACGAACUUAAGGAAAAAGAUGAGAUUUUUGAGGCGUUAAACAACAAGUUGCAGACUCUAGAAAAAACCUAUGAAAGUUCGGCAGAACUAAGCACUUUAAAAGAAGCAAAUAGUAUCUACUCGCAAUGCAUAUGUGAAUUGGAAAAUAAAUUGAAGAAAACCAACGAAGAAUGUGAAAAAAUGAAGACCAAGGCUUGUAAAUAUAAUGCACGAGUGAUAGAGUUGGAAAAAUCCCUGAAAGAAAAAUGCGACUGCUCUUCAAAAUUCGAACCAGAAUUGCUGAGGUUGCAAGAAAACGAAACCCAUUUGAAAGAGGAAAUAAAUUAUUUAACCAAACGGAUAAACUCCAUAGAAUCCGAGAAAUUGGAAAGCGAUAUCACCACUGAGUGCGAGUACAACUCUCUGAAAAAGGAGUACGAACAUCUGCAAGGGAAGCACAAAGAGUUGCUGAGUAAAUACAAGGACUAUGAGGAUUGUGCUAAGAAAUGUGAUCAAUUGGAAAUGAAAUACCAAUGCAUAUCAACUGAACUUUACGAGAAGGAAUCGAAAUUCUUAUGUGAAAGAAAUGACCUACGUGACUUGGUGGACCAGUUGACAUCAGUUGUAGAGCAAAAUAAGCAUACCUUAAUGCAUUUAUCUGUUGUCAAUAAAGAGCAAGAAACCAUGUUGAAAACGCAAAGUGAAACCUUGGAAAUCAAGGAUAAGAAGAUUCAAGAAGUUGUAAGUGAGUAUGAGAUGGUGAAGAAGAAGAGUGAAGAGUUGGAGAGAGAGGUUGAGCAGUUGAUGAAGACUCUGUCAACCAAUGAUGACAUGACUUGCAGUGAUAUGAGGCAAAGGGUUCUAGAUUUAAUGAGUAAAGUCGACAAAGACAAAAUCUCCCUCGAAAAUAAAAGCAAGAUGAUUGAAGAACAAUCCAAGACGAUUACGAACUUGCAGGACAAAAUUAGGGAACACACAAGGGAAAUAAGAAAGUCCAAAGAAAUUGCCAACGUUUCAGUUGCAGAAGUUUACGAUUUAAAAGAGGAGUUAAAGAAAAAACAAUACGUAAUGGACAAAGAAGCACGGGACAAGGAAAUAUUGAUUGUCAAGCUAAGGAAACUUGAAAUGCACAAAAACAAGCUGAACAACGACGUCUCCGAAAUGGAAAAGUGGGUAAAAGAGUCGCACGCUCGUAUAGCGACUACCAAAAUCGAGAAAACUCAACUCGACGAGUUGCAAAAUCAAGUAGACGAUUUAAAAAUCGAAUGGCAACGCGAAAAGAGGAUGCUUUGCCAGGAGAAAGAGCAAGCCAAUUUAGCUGCUCAGUUCGCCACGAAAAGACUAAUGGACACCGUAAAGGAUUUCCAGAAUCAAAUGGGGCAACAGAAGCAGUAUCAGACAAUGCUGUCUAGCAUGUUGCAGCAGAAAGAGAAGCAGUUGAGAGUGAUUAGUUCGCAGAUGUCAUCCUUUAAUACAUACUACGGAUAUCCAGAACAGCCUUUGCAACAAAUUUACAAGUGUAACGUGGAGUCUUGUUCCACUCCAAACACGCCAUCUACUUAUUCCACGUGCUACGAACCCACGCCAACGUCCAGUUCACAAACUAAAAGGUCUCGGUCUUGUAAAAAACAUCGUAAAGUUUAAGUGUCAGUGAGUAUUUUGUAUUUUGUUGUGUAAUAAAAAUUGUAUUUUCACGA